CAUGCCGGUGGUUUGGCCCACGCUGCUCGACCUCAGCAGAGAUGAAUGCAAACGAAUCCUGCGCAAACUGGAGUUGGAAGCGUAUGCCGGCGUGAUCAGCGCUCUGCGCGCUCAAGGAGAUCUCACCAAAGACAAGAAGGAGCUGCUGGGAGAACUCACUCGAGUGCUGAGUAUCUCGACGGAGCGGCAUCGAGCAGAGGUGCGCAGAGCCGUGAAUGACGAGCGCCUGACCACCAUCGCUUAUCACAUGUCGGGGCCCAACAGCUCGUCUGAGUGGUCCAUCGAGGGCCGGCGGCUGGUUCCUCUCAUGCCCAGACUGGUUCCUCAGACGGCCUUCACUGUGAUGGCCAACGCAGUAGCAAACGCGACCGCGCACCAGAACGCCUCGCUGCUGCUGCCCACCGAGACCGCCAACAAAGAAGUGGUGGUGUGUUACUCAUACACCAGCACCACCUCCACUCCACCCAGCGCAUCGACUCCAAGCAGCAGCGCAGCAGCAGCCCUUAAAUCCCCUCGACCCGCCAGCCCCGCCUCCAACGUGGUGAUGCUGCCCAGCGGGAGUACAGUCUACGUCAAGAGCGUGAGCUGCUCCGAUGAGGACGAGAAACCCCGUAAGAGGCGGAGAACCAACUCGUCUAGCUCCUCCCCCAUGCUGCUGAAGGAGGUGCCUAAAGUGGCCACGCCCAUUCCCAAAACCAUCACGCUUCCAGUGAGCGGCAGCCCCAAGAUGAGCAACCUGAUGCAGAGCAUCGCCAACUCGCUGCCGCCGCACAUGUCACCGGUGAAGAUCACCUUCACCAAACCCUCCACCCAGACCACCAACAGCACCACACAGAAGGUAAUAAUCGUGACGACGUCUCCCAGCUCCAACUUCGUGCCCAACAUCUUGUCCAGGUCGCACAACUACGCGGCCGUGUCGAAGCUGGUGUCGAGCGCCGCGCUCAACGCGUCCAGCCAGAAGCAGACCAUGGUGCUCUCAGCCGGCUCCGCCGCGGCCCUGGGGCCCAGUCCUGUCGCCGUGACGACCAUGGUGUCCUCCACACCUUCAGUGGUGAUGUCCACCAUCGCACAGGGCGCGUCGUCCGCGGCGGUGAAGGUGGCCUCCACUCGUCUGCCGUCUCCCAAGGCUUUGGUCAGCUCUCCGUCUCAGAUCCUGCAGAUUCCCAGAGCGCAGCAGCAGACGGCGGUUCAGUCUGUGUCUCCUAAAGGCCUGCAGGCCUCGUCUCCUCAGAGUGCCAGCGCCGGAGCCAAGCCCACCAUUCAGAUCAAACAGGAGUCUGGAGUGAAGAUCAUCACGCAGCAGAUGCACCCCAGUAAGAUCUUACCCAAACCCUCCAGCGCCGCGCUGCCCAGCAGUAGCUCCGCCCCCAUCAUGGUGGUCAGCAGCAACGGCGCCAUCAUGACCACUAAACUGGUGUCCACUCCCACAGGCUCUCAGGCGUCGUACACGCGUCCAUCCGUCAGUCCUGCGAUCGGCACGCGUGUGGCCACGUCUCCCGCCGGAGCCACGUACGUCAAAACCACCAGCGGCAGCAUCAUCACCGUAGUGCCCAAGUCUCUGGCCACGCUGGGAGGCAAGAUCCUCACCACCAACAUGGUGUCGGGAACCACCACCAAGAUCACCACCAUCCCCAUGACCUCCAAACCCAACGUCAUCGUGGUGCAGAAGACCACCGGCAAAGGGACGACCAUCCAGGGUCUGCCGGGGAAGAACGUGGUGACGACGUUGCUGAACGCAGGGGGAGAGAAGACGCUGCAGGCCGUCCCCGGAGCCAAGCCCGCCAUCAUCACCGCAUCGCGGCCCAUCACCAAAAUGAUCGUGGCGCAGCCCAAGAGCCUCAGCGCCGGCGUCCAGCCGUCCACCAAAAUCAUCCCCACCAAGAUCGUCUACGGACAGCAGGGCAAAACACAGGUCCUGAUCAAGCCCAAGCCCAUGGCGUUUCAGACGGCGGUGGUGAGUGAACAGACCCGUCAGCUGGUGAGCGAGACGCUGCAGCAGGUCUCACGCAGCGCCGGAUCCGGCCAGGACGACUUGUCCUCGUAUACGGAGAGCAGCCCGGUGUCGUCUGACAGCACUCACGAUGCUCAGCCGGUGGUGCACCUCAUCACCUCCAGGGGGCAGGAGUGGACGGAGCAGGAGGUGUCUGUGGAGGCGAGUCCCACCAUCAUUUACCAGGACAUGACGGGAGAGUCUCAGUCGGCCACAUCCACCAUCAAAGCCCUGCUGGAGCUGCAGCAGACCAGCGUGAAGGAGAAGAGCGACGCCAAACCACGCCAGCACACCAUCGACCUGAGUCAGAUGGCAGUGCCGAUCCCAGUGACGGCGGAGAGGAGACAGUCCCCGGAGCCGUCGGGUCAGAGCGCCGGAGACACGGACCCGGUCACUGAAUACAUCCCCAUCGGUAAAGUGUGUAAGGCUGUGAUCGGAGGAGACGUCACUGAGUCCAGCAGCCAGUCAGUGUCCUGUCCACCAUCAGCAGUGCCGAUGACAGCCACACAACAGGUGGAGGCGUGUGUGCCGCAGGUGAAGCCGCUGCAGGAGCAGAUGGUGGUGGAGGAGGGCGAGCUAGAGGGAGACACUCUGGAUCCUCAGACGGGUCUGUUCUACCGCUCGUCUCAGCCCAAACCUGCAGCCGGCCCGUCUGACACGCCCACUUCCUCUAAGAGGGUGGAGCCUCUCACGCCCCGAGUCUCCGUACAGAGAGCUGCUGCGUCUGCGUCUGUGGCGCUCGUCUCCUCGAACCCUCCACACAAACCGCAGCUGCCCAAACUGCAGCAGGCGCCCUCCUCACACCACCGGCCCAACACACACACGCAGCUGUCGCAGCCGCCGCCGCUGCAGGCGCAUCACCCCGUGUGCUCCAGCAAGACUCCCAGCAGCAGCCAGCUGCAGCAGCCGAUCAUCACGCAGGGCGCAGCCGUCACGAAGAUCACGUUCGGCGCUCAUCAGUGCCCCCCGGUGUCCAGCAGUGGCGAGGCGUCCGUCAAGCUCCAGCCGGAGUCCAGCUCCAGUCACACAGCGCCAGAGAAGACCUCCGACAUCCUGAAGAUCUCCAUGAUGGAGGCGGAGAUCGAGCCCAUGGUGGUGGACUCGUCCAGCGACUGCGGCCCGCUGACCAAAACACCGAGCGCCUCGCCGCUCAUCAGCAGCUCCAAACAGACGCUCGGCCACGUCAAGAGCAAAGACCUGGACAUCAUACAGGUGAUCCCGCAGUACUCCAUCAUGCCUGACUCCAGCCAAUCAAACGUGGUGGUGGAGCCCAGCGGCUUCUUGGAGAUCACCGACUUCACCAGCCAGCGUCUGGACGAGGAAGCUGCCAUGGAACAGGAAGUGGACAGCAGCAACGACGAGGGGGUGGCGGCCAGCCCCACGGCCGACCAAUCACAGUGAAGCGUGCGGAUUUGAUUUGUUCAGAGGAGAAAGACCUUCUGUUUGUGCUUCAUCACAGCUGUAUAGAGAAUCAUGCAGUGAGUUUGUGCUGUAGAGCGAAACCUUACUUUAUGGAGAAUACGAUUCCUGACGGAAUGAUAGGAAUGUUUCUGUUGAUUUCUACUUAAAGGGACAGUUCACCCAAAAAUGAUCAUUCUGUCUUUGUUUACUGUCCUUCAGGUUUUUCAAACCUGUAUGAGUUUCUUUCUUCUGUUGAACUCAAAAGAAGAUUUUAUGAAGAAUGGUGGUAAACAAACAGCCAUUGGUCCCCAUUGACUUCCAUACUAGGGAAAAAAUACAAUGGAAGUCAAUGGCUACCAGCAGCUAUUUAAAAAAAUAUGUUGUAUGAAUUGUUGAACACAGCAGUAGAUAUUUCAUUGGGCCCUAAAAAUUUAAAUUUGAAGAAUGUUAGUAACCAAACAGUUGACGGUAGCCAUUGACUUCCAUAGUAGGAAAAAAAUACAAUGGAAGUCAAUGGGGUCCAAAAUAUUCUCUGUCAUGUGUAACAAUUCAUACAAGAUAUUCCACAGGAUUAAAAAUCUGAAUAGAUAUUUUGAAGAAUGUUAGUAACCAAAUAGUUGACAGCAGCCAUUGACUCCCAUAGUAGGGAAAAAAUACAAUGGAAGUCAAUGGGGACCAACAGCUGUUUGUUUACCAGCGUUCUUCGAAAUAUUCAUACAGCUUUGAAACAACUGGAUGGUGAGUGAACGAUGGUUUGGGUGAACCGUCCCUUUAAUUUAUAGUUUGAAGUAGAGCUGAUGGACUGGAAGCUUCUAGAUGAUGAUGAUGAUGAUGAGUGCUGCUUCAUCAGGACGUUUCGUGACUCCGCCUCCGCUUGUGUUCUGCUCUCUGAUUGGUGUAAAUAGCGUUUGAUGGUCGUGUCCUCACUCGUGUAAAGCAGUGUCUCGUUUGUGCUCGAUGGAUGUAACGCUCAGCAUUUUAACUCUAUAAACUUUACUACAAAGCUGUGUUGUGUGCUGUGAUUGUGCGUGUGUUUGUACAGGUGAGCGGCUCUCGGGUUACGCGGCGGGCGUGUCCGCAGGUGCGUGUGUGUGUGUGUGUGGAAAGUACCAGUGUCAUUAUAAGGGCCGAGUUUCCCUGUGACUCCUCAUUGUGAUGGAAACAAACGCGCGGUGGGUGUGAGCGUGGGACAGGGGGUUUUGUGUGUGUGUGUGUGUGUGUGUGUGUGUUUCUGGGUGGAUUCCGGUCCUCUGAAGUGGGCAGAGACUCCAGAGGAUGGCGGGACUUUCCUGCUGUCCCCACGGAUCGGAGCGCGCUCCUCUGGGAGCUUCAUUCGUCUGUUUCCUUCAUCGCAUCCGCGUCGUUUCACUUUCAGCUCUACAGAAGACCGUCUCUAUUCAGAUCGAGCUCUGUUCUCAUCUAAUAGUGUCAGUGCCGUCAAAUACAUAUCACUUCAAUUUAAUUUUUUUUUUUUUUGCUGAAAUUCUGUUUUUUUCCUCCAACUUCA